AUGCUAAAAGAGCGAGAGAGUUUGGAUGGGUCGCCCGCUACCCCAGAUGAAUGUGCCGGCUGCGGGGGGAAGAUACAGGACAGAUAUUACCUGCUGGCAGUAGACCGCCAGUGGCACGGCUCUUGCCUACGCUGCUGUGAGUGUCGAUUGCCACUUGACUCGGAAUUGACUUGCUUUUCUCGAGAUGGAAAUAUUUACUGCAAAGAAGACUACUAUAGAAUGUUCUGCGUGAAGCGUUGCGCCCGCUGUGGAAACGGUAUCACGGCUAAUGAGCUGGUAAUGAGAGCCCGCGAUAUGGUCUACCACCUCACAUGCUUCACCUGCGUCGCGUGUGGUUCGUUGUUAUCCAAAGGCGACGUGUUUGGGAUGAGAGACGGGCUUGUUUACUGUAGACCACAUUACGACAGCGCCUGUAUGGAUGAUUAUUGUGAGAAUGAUGUGAACAGUGUCUAUCGGUGUCAAGAAAUGCAUAGUGAAAGUGAUUCCUCCUCACAGUUCUACAACGGAGGACCAAGUCAUAAAGGGCGACCUAGAAAGAGGAAACUAGGUUCUCAUGAGGAUUUGCAAGUUCAAACUAUGAGAAUGGCCAACACAGCACUUGAUAUCCUUCACAGAGGUGAUCUGUCUUCAUCGAUGGAAUCAUUGGCCUACGACUCCUCUGUAGCUUCUCCUGGUAGCGUGUCAAGUCACACACAGCGCACUAAGCGUAUGCGCACCAGUUUCAAGCACCAUCAGUUACGCACUAUGAAGUCUUACUUCGCAAUCAACCAGAAUCCUGACGCGAAAGAUUUAAAACAACUGGCUCAAAAAACAGGAUUAUCGAAGAGAGUUUUGCAGGUUUGGUUUCAAAACGCACGUGCUAAAUGGCGUCGAAACAUAAUGAGGCAAGAAUCCAAUCAACACGGUCCGAUGACCCCAAACGGUAAUCCAGGACAUUCCGGAAACGCUUCUUUAGUACCUGGGACGGUACCACCAAAUAGCGUUACCAGUAGUAUGAUGGUAGGUGAACCUUUACAACCUUUGGACGACAUGAGAGUUCAUACUCCACAUCCGAUUAAUUUCAAUGAACUAUACUGA